GUGCAGUGCAUUACUCUCCCUUGCUCUUUCAGAUGGUGUAUGCGUCAAAGGAGGCUGCAGGGAAUCCCAAGUCAACGACAUCUCAUGCUAAAGUGGAACAGUCUUCUGAGCUGCUGUCAGAGGCAGUGGCUGAUCUGACUGAGCUCCUGGAGAAGGCUGGAGGAGACGCUGGACUCAUUUCAGCGAUGGUGGAUGAGAUAGUGAAGGCACAGGGCCGGCUGCGUCAGGUAAUGGAGAGAGAGCCUGACAAGAACUUCUCUGACUACCAGACCAGGACCUUCCAGAGUGCCAAGACGGUGGCGAAGCAUGUGCAGGAGAUGGCUCUGCAGGGGGUCAACGCCCCGGAGACCUUGUCAGCCAUUAGUCGCAGCCUCACCACUGCCUACUCCCAGCUGGUGGACUCCGCCAGAGGGGCCCUCGCCACCAUCGAGGGUGAAGAGGUUGCUAAGAGACUCCAGCAGACAGCCCACAGUCUUGGAGACGCCUGUGUCAACGUGGUGUACACAUCAGCAGACGUUCAAAUGAACCCAGGUGACCAGGCCGUGAAGAGGGAGCUCGGCGACCACGCCAAGUCCGUCACUGAGAAGGUGUCGUACGUGGUGGCAGCGAUCCAGGCAGGUGCCGUAGGGACGCAGGCCUGCAACGAAGCCAUAGCAACCAUCCAGAGCAUCGUGGGUGACCUGGAGACCACUGCCAUGUUCUGCACAGCUGGAGCUCUCAACCCUGAGGGCAAGGUUGGCUCCUUCCCCGAACACAGGUUAAUUUUCUCCUUCUCUGCUGAUCUGGAGGCAAAACUAGCUCUUUCCCAUAACACAAUGGAACUUUUAUCACCUCGCACUUUGGACUCUUGUAUAAACACUUGACUUACUAGAGGAGUGUGAAUGAAUGGGUUGCAUGGGGAACCGGUGGCACUGGGACUUACUAGUAGACUCGAUGCGAGAUAUUGCUAGUACAUUUCCCCACAAGAUUACUAACUGUUCCUGUUUGUUGGUAUAUAUGUUGGUACGACAGAGUGAACAUUCUGGAGACGGCCAAGCAGCUGGUAGAAGACACAAAGAGACUAGUCAGCAGUGCAGCUGGUUCACAGGAACAGCUGGCCGAGGCGGCGCAGAAGGCUGUCAAGACCAUCACCAACGAAGCUGACUAUGUGAAGCUGGGCGCGGCCUCCCUCACCUCCGAGGACAUGGAGGCUCAGCUCCUCCUCCUCACAGCUGUCAAAGACGUGGCCGCAUCUCUCGGCAACCUCAUUGGCUCCACGCGACAAGCCUCGGGCAAGAGUGUUCAAGAUCCCUCCAUGGAGAGGCUGAAGGCCUCGGCCAAGGGGAUGGUUGCCAAGGUGAGUACCAUGCUGAAGACGGUGAAGAACGUUGAGGAUGAGGCAGGUCGCGGGGUACGUAGUCUGGAGAACACCAUUGACUCCAUCGAGGCCGACCUGAUUGAGUAUGCCUCUGACAGACCGGCCAAGGUGGAGGCUGGCCCCGAAGACCUCAUUAGGAGCACUAAGGGAAUCACGCUGGCGUCGGCAAAGGCGGUUGCCGCCGGCAACUCUGGUAAACAGGUGGACGUGAGUGCCUGUGCCAACCUUGGGAGGAAGGCGGUCUCGGAGCUCCUGGACACCUGCAAGGCAGCUGCUCUGGGAGCAGACAAUGAGGCAGACAGGACCAGAGCUAUGUCAGCAGGCCGUGACUGUGCCACUGCCUUCAAGAGUCUUCUGGAGCUGAUCCACCAGAUCAUCCUCAAACCCUCCGCUGACAAGAAGGCCAAGCUGCCGGCUUUCUCCAAGGAGGUCGCCAAUGGAGUAGGGGAGGUGGUGCAAGCCGCUGAGGUCCUCAAAGGUGAAGGAUGGGUGGACACCAAAGAUCCAAACAUCAUCGCAGAGACGGAGCUGCUCCAGGCCGCCGCUUCCAUCGAGGCUGCUGCCAAGAAACUCUCGGAGCUCAGACCUCGCCGCACUGCCGCAGCUGAUGAGUCCCUCAACUUUGAAGAGCAGAUCCUCGAGGCCGCCAAGAACAUCGCCAGUGCCACGAGUGCUCUGGUGAGGAGUGCCACAGCGGCUCAGAGGGAACUGGUGGCUCAGGGGAAGCUCAGCUCGGCCCCGAGGUCAGAGGACAGCCAAUGGUCCGAGGGACUCGUGUCUGCCGCUAAGCUGGUAGCCGCGGCGACCAGCAAUCUGUGUGAGUCGGCCAACUUGGUGGUGAUGGGACAGGCGAAGGAAGAUAAAUUGAUCACAGCUGCCAAGGCCGUCGCAUCGUCGACCGCUCAACUCCUCAUCUCUUGUCAGGUCAAGGCCGACGCACGCAGCGAGAACAACAGACGACUCCAGAUGGCAGGAGCUGCAGUGAAGAAAGCCACUGAGACUCUAGUGAAGGCAGCUCAGCAGGCAUCGGCCAACGCCAUUGAAGACGAACCGUUCAUGAAACCAAAAGUGAAAGGCAAGGUGAUGGAGGGGUUCCGCAAGGAGCUGGAGAUGCAGGAGGAGAUCGCCAAGAAGAUGAGAGAGCUGGAGCGGGCAAAGGAGCACCUGACAAAGAUCCGUCGGGAGCGUGCGGGACACUGACCACACCCACUGAACUUUCCCCCAGCAACGUAGCCAUAGUGACAGACUUGUUCCCAGGGCUAGUGUAUGUAGACUAUUGUCUAGACACCUCUUGUUUAUUAGUAGGUUACUUUACAGAUUAUGUGAGAUUUUGAUGGUUAUUUUCGAGCGAACAUUUGUACCAAUUUUACUGUUGCUGUAUUGAUUAUAUAUAAUGCUGCCUUUAUAAUAUAUAGUCGUUUUGGAGUGCGCAUGCUCACUCUCAGAAAAA